AUAUUUAUGUAUACAUAGUUGCAGAGCGUAGAAAUUGAAGGUUGAGGAGUGGGAUUGAAAAAAGAAUGAGUGGUGGGCUUCAUCGAUCUUCCAGUGCUCCUUCCAAGAAUGCCCUACCUCCUCAGGAGCUCCUCGACGAUCUCUGCAGCCGUUUUGUCCUGAAUGUACCUAAAGAAGACCAGCAGUCUUUUGAGAGGAUUUUGUUUCUUGUGGAGUAUGCACAUUGGUUUUAUGAAGAUAACUCCGUCGAAAAGAACCCUUCCUUGAAGUCAUUAACUUUGAAGGAAUUUACUUCUUUAUUGUUUAACAACUGUGAUGUUCUAAAACCAUAUGUUGCCCAUAUAGAUGACAUAUUCAAGGACUUCACUUCAUAUAAAGUUCGAGUUCCAGUGACGGGGGCCAUUAUACUGGAUGAAACUUAUGAACGGUGCUUGCUAGUGAAGGGAUGGAAAGGGUCUAGUUGGAGCUUUCCCCGUGGAAAAAAGAGCAAAGAUGAGGAAGACCAUAAGUGUGCUAUUAGAGAAGUCCUUGAGGAAACAGGUUUUGAUGUUUCAAAACUUCUUAACAAAGACGAGUACAUUGAAAUGAUCUUUGGACAGCAGAGAGUGAGACUGUACAUAGUUGCUGGGGUGAAAGAUGACACAGCCUUUGCUCCACUCACUAAGAAAGAGAUAAGUGAGAUUGCAUGGCAGCGAAUUGACGAACUCCGACCGACAAAUGAUGAUGUCAUAUCUCGUGGGAUUACCGGCCUUAAACUCUAUAUGGUUGCUCCAUUUUUGGCGUCUUUGAGGUCAUGGAUUUCGGUGCAUCCACCUCCUGUAGCACCUAGAUCUGAUAAUCCUCGGAAAGGAAUUACUGUGUGGAAGGCAAAAAACAGUUCUAUUGGAAACAGCUCCAUAGCAGCCGAGAACCAGCCAAGUAAAGCAGUGGCUGACAUGUAUCAUCCUCCUGACACAUUCCCAGUAAGGAGCUUUCUUAACUUCCGGUUUGAUACUGGUCCAAUAUUGCAAGCAGUGGAUGCUGCAUUUUCUACUUGAUAGUGAUCUUAUGCUCUAUCUAAAGUAUUUCCGUGCACAUAAGUUUGGCCUCUGAAUAUUCUUACCCCCUUAGUGAUAGCAGUUAUAGUGCCUGUUGGUAACCAUAGACUAGUUGCUGUUUGUUUUGUUAUGUACAUUCGGACUGUAGACAUCGUGCUGAAUACGUCAGUCUUCUUAUGGGCUUCUUUAGUUUCUAGAAUCAGUUGCGAUAGUUUCAAUCUGUAUAAUCUUGUUAUAGCAUAUGGGUCAUAUUUGGACAGGAUCCCCUCUGUUUUCCUUCAGUUUGUUUAUAUUUUAAAUGCUCCAACUUUUUCUGGGGA